AUGUGCUGUUGUAACCUUAUUGGUGCUGUUUUUCAAUUUUCACAGGAAGCGCAACGAGCAGCAAAGGCUCAAAAACAAGCAGAAGCUGGAAUAAAACACAAGACAAGCACUGAUGGUAUUGUAGGAGUUAUGGGUCAUUUUGUUUACAUGUUCCUUCUUUGCUUCCUCAUCCUUCCCAACUGUCCCUUUCCCAUUUGGAUUUUUUUUAUUUGGGUGGUAUUUUUCGCUCAGUUGAUUUUAUUCUACGCAUAAAAGAAACAAAAUGAAAUCAUUAGUUAGAGCUGUGGUCUUAAAGAGUUGAGUUCAGGUUCCUCAUAUGAUUAGGUUUCUCUCCUCUCUACAUAGAGGUGACUUGUAUAACUUUGCUUUUAAGCAAAAACAUGGUUUAAAAAUCAUUUACCCUUUAACCCCACAAAUGACCAAGACAGAAUUUCUCCUUAUGUUAUCAAUGCAAUAUCAAGCAGAUGAGUGACAAGAAUAAAGAAAAGUAUCAGGUAGAGGAUUAUAAGUUGAUACAAAACAAAAUUGUAUGAGCUAGCAUAAUAAGAGUUGUAUGGCAGACAUAAAGGAGACUUACCAAUGAGAUCCUAAGAGUGAAAGAGUGAUAGCUUUUAAAAGCUCAGCACCCGAGAUUUUUUACAUAGGAUCCUUGUUUGUGGUGAGUCUUCUAAGAGAACACCUUUGAUCAGUAAGUUUGGUUUCAACAAUUUGUCUUUGUUUCUUCACCUCUUAAUAUAUUAAUUUUCUUUUAUUUCUGUAUGAUUAGGAACUAAUCGUAUGAAAGUGGCUCAUGACCUUCAAGCUGAUGAUGAGAAGGUCCAAAAGAAAGUGGCCAAGAAACUAGCAAGACAGCAGGUCAGAGCAGCAAUUAUACUGCCUAACCUAUUGAAAAACUUCACUAUGUUAAUAAUUUCUGUUUCAGUGAUGUACAUGUAACUCAAGCAUGUAUGUUGACGUCAUAUUUCCUUUUUUUUUUUAAUGCCAGGUUCCUCAGCGAACAACACCUCAAAAGAAAGUUGGUUUAUUUUCCCAUCUGCAUCAAUAUGAAAAGGAUGUGUCCUUAACCCAAGAAAUAAGGUUUGUGAUUUGUACAAAAAGGUGGAUCACUAGAUUAUCAACACAGUAGUCUUAGAUACCAGCCAAAAGGCCCACGCUGUCAGAGUUAAUCACAUUUAUAUGCUGUCAGAGGUUUUCAAGUUUAUUAACUUGAAACAACAAGGAAUAUUUCUACAAACCGUCUCUUUCUGUAAAUGGGAUACCUACCCCUAACAGAUUAACCCUGGAAUAUUUUAAGGUAUUCCUCUCCCCACCACCUCCCCAAUUUUUUUGGUUGUUUUUAUACCUGUUGGUGCCGAUGAAAAUUGUGAGAGUGAAGUGUUUGCACCAUGAUCUUGGCAAAGGAUCUGGGGCCAAAUCUUUCCACCAGAAAACUGUAUCCAAACAAAUUUAGUUGUCUAAACUUAGUUGAUAAUGUGAAUUAACCACCAAAGAAAGAUUUAACCUUCGACAUUUCAAGCUAUAUUCCUUUAUUGUUGCACUGACAAAGGGCUAAUGCUUCUCGAAAUAUCAGCUUUAUUCCUGUUUAAUCAUAAUCUAAUUCAUAUUUAUUUAUCAACUCAGUUAAUAAAACUAAAUUUUAUUGAAACACCCUCCUUCUCCUUGCUCAAGAUGCAACACCAGAGUUUCUCCAGAAAUUUACCCCCUUUAUUCAUUGGUUGCAUGUGCAAACAGCUGGCCACUGCUAACCCAUUCAGGACACUACUACUUUGCACUGUGAGGUUUGAAACACAACUAACUUCUUCUUUUUUUUAAUUUUAAUUUUGCAUAUAAAGUUUUGGGGGAUCAGGGAGUACCCCCAUUCACCCAGCUGUCAUCAAACUUGGUGUGCAGUAUGCUAAAGGAAUAAUUUGUGGAUCGAAUGCAAGAUGUGUGGCUUUACUUCUGGCUUUCAAAAAGGUACUUUGACUACAUGAACUGAUAACUUGAGUGUUAUUGAUGUAACUGAUGUGUGCAUUUACAAUGUACAGUGUAUAUAUGUGACUGGUUAUGCUGUAAACUCUUUUUUCUCAGCUGACAGCAUAUGUAAGAGAUAUCAAAUCAUUGAAUUAAUUUUUUGUCACUUUAUUUUCAACAGCUAAUUGCUGACUAUGUUACUCCCCCUCAAAAAGAACUCUGCAGGGACCUGGAUGCAAAAAUUAAACCAAAUAUAAGGUAAUUAUUACUAUUUUUUUCAUACACAAUUUUCACUUUUUUGAUUGACAUAUGUUUUAUGUUAGACCUGGAAGAAAGACCAUUACAGAACAUGAUGGCUUAUGCAUCGCGCAGCAUUUUUAAUUAUCAACAAUCUUUUUUAAAUUUUAUAUUUUGUUUCUUUUUAGUUUCUUGACACAGUGCCGGCCUCUGUCAGUCAGCAUGGGUAACGCCAUCAAAUAUCUGAAGCUACAGAUCACUCACACUCCACCAAACAUGGCAGAAGAUCAGGUAAAUUUUGUAGGAGACUUUGUGAGAGAUAUGUGGUUCUGGCUAAUGUGCAGGACACGAAGUUGAGAGGUCAGGGUUUGUGAACUGACCGCAUCAUUGUAUUGUGUUCUUGGGUAAAGCUCUUCACUCUUUAAAAUGCCCCUCUGCACCCAGGAGAACUGUAAGGGAAAUUCACUGGGGUGUUAGGUUGUUAACUGUAGUGGGAAAUGGGGAUAAGCUCAGGCAGAGAGGGGCCACUUGGUUCAGUCUUAGGGCUCACCCCUCCUGAGGUGAAUCAACUUUAAGAGGCUGGAUAACUCUCUUUCUGUCUGUUUGUCUGCCUGUCUGUUUGUCUGCCUGUCUGUUUGUCUGCCUGUCUGUUUGUCUGUUGAUCUGUGAUCAUGACAAUUCAGGUGUCGGAGAUGGAAUGGGCAAGAUUACAUGUAUAUCACACUGUGUGUUUGGGUUUGACUCCUGUAUUCUAUGCUCUCUCUCUCUCUCUAGACAAUUUAACCCUCUUGCAGCAUGAAAAAUUAAAUUCUUGAUUUCUUCCUUUUUACUGAAACAAACUUGUCAUACAUGUAUAUAAUUUACUAACAUUGCUCAAAGGUUACUACGAGUAGAAAAUCAUAACGGGUCAAGUUAUUUGCACACACAAAACCUGUUGGAUAAAACUCACUUCAGAUUAUAUCACAUUUGCAAUCAUCCUGUUUUUUUUUCUGGUAUAGGCAAAGAGGAAUCUUAUCCAGAGUAUUGAUAAGUUUAUCCAAGAAAGAAUUAUUUUGGCUGGUGUAGCCAUCUCUGAGUCAUAUGCAAGAACCAAGAUCAAUGAUGGUGAUGUGAUACUCACAUAUGCUUGGUAUGGCUGAAUUUUUCUAUAGCUGACUUGAGUUACCAGGCUCUCUUAGAGCAUCUGUAAAUUUUUCAUCCACUCGAAAAAGCUGUAAGGAGUGUUUGUACUCCCAGAAUCAGUCAUCUUAAUUUCUUCACACUGAUAGCCAUAUUUUUGCCAUAAUAAUAACUCAACUUCACAGAAUUUAGUGCCAGAUCUUAUCAUAAGCCCAGCGGAUAUUAUUUUUGAUAAUUGUCACCUGUCUGUUUGAUAAUCGUGAUGCAUUGGUACUAUAAGGAAACUUACUCAUUUGUCACUCUUGAAAGAAAAAGGCUGAAGGGGUCAAAAUUGGCGAUCUGGUUACGGUUCUUCGGUCAGAAACCAACAUUAUAUUGGUUUGCAAAAAUUUUUUCUUCUUAUAAACCUCAAAAGAUUUCUCAUCACUCUCACUGCAGAAUGUCUACGAAGGGAUUCUUCCCUGUAUAGUCUAUUUCCCAAGCAAAGAUAAUGAGGAAAACUUUAAUGAGGAGAAAUUUCUCUUGAAAUUUGUUUUUUAGUUCCUCGUUGGUGUUGAAGAUUUUAAAAGAUGCGCAUAAUGCUGGGAAAAAAUUCCGAGUGGUGGUUGUUGAUUCGAGACCAAAGUUUGAAGGUGAGGUUUGCUCACAGCAGUGGCUUGAACUUUUUUGAGAAUUGACUAAGACUCACUGCUCAAUUUAUUCAGAAUGAACUUUUACAUGUACUUGUAACUCUCUUAAACGUGACGAGAAGCCCGAGAAUCGGACCCAGGUCACUGCGGUGGGAGACGAGCGCUUAUUAUUGGGCCCUCCCUGAUUGCACAUGCGUCAUUAAGUCUCAAAACCUUUUCACACUGCCACUUGUUUCUCUCUUGUUAGGACGAGAAUGUCUAAGGAGGUUGGUGAAAGAAGGAAUCAGAUGCUCCUACGUGUUGAUCAGUGCUAUCUCGUACGUUAUCAAAGAGGUUAGUAUUUUUUGGAAAUAGUUUAACUACCCUUGGGAUGCACUGCCAACUGAGCUUCUAAACUCUUCGUAAGAGCAACAUGCAGGCCUUACAUGUGUAUUAGGUUCAUACAUAUGACAUGCAGUAUUGUACGUGACUUGGUUGUCUUACGUACUGUUAGGAUCAGCAAAUUUCUAAAGUUCUGGGAAACUCAUGAAAGAUGAUGCAAAUUUUAAAUUUUAAUCUAAAAGCCUUUUUGGGAUAUUUUCUGUUCUAUUUAAAGUGUCAAAUAGUCAUGAACUAAAAAGAUGAUUUCCUUUUACAGCUUUUAGACCUGAAAUCAGAUUUCACACUAACCCUGGGUUAUCUUAACCCAGCUUUGAACAACCCGGCCCUGGUCGAAAUAUUGUAUUUAUUGGUCUAAGCACUCCAUUAUGAUCUAAUUGUCGCUUUGUUCUUCUGUGUUCUUAUCGUGCAUUUUAAAUGUACAAGAUCGAAAUGUUAGUCGUUAGAUGGUUGGGUGAUUAGCUAUUUUAACUCUCUGUUUUUUUCUAUUCGAUUUCUGAAGGUAUCAAAAGUCUUUCUUGGUGCUCAUGCCCUACUCGCCAAUGGCUACGUAAAGUCACGUGUUGGCUCUUCCAUGGUGGCGAUGAUGGCCCAGGCCUCCAACGUCCCAGUGCUGGUAUGCUGUGAGACGUACAAGUUCUGUGAUAGAGUUCAAACAGAUUCUUUUGUUUCCAACGAACUUAGUAAGUAAAUGAAAGUUUCUCAGAAAGGUGAACCUCAAGUCUUAGAUAGACACGUCUUUUUUUUUUUUUACCCUUAAACCUCUAUGAGUGGAUUUUAUUUCUCUUCACUCCUGCAGGAGUUUCAAUACCUUUUUAUAACUGCGGCUGCCGAUGGUACAAGAGGCGGCUGUGGCCAGAAAAGGGGCUGGGAGGCGAAAACCAAACACGAGGACCUGCUUGCAAGCGACAGUGGCCAGUGAUAAAGGCCAAUCCAGGCUAAUAAUCUUCUCGUUUUUUUUAGGUGACCCGGAUGAUUUAGUUCCUUUAGACAGAGAAAGCCCGGAUGUACUAUCUGAUUGGCGAGACGUCAACUCUCUUCACCUUCUAAACUUAGUCUACGACGUCACUCCUCCUCACUUUGUUUCCAUGGUGAUCACGGAAGUAGGAAAGAUUCCAUGCACGUCUGUGCCAGUCGUUCUUAGAGUCCAGAAUCCAGAGCAGUAGUAGGACUCUUUGGUGUCAUUAAACCGAGGCAGGUUACGUACUUGAUCUUGUUACCGAGAGUUGUCGAGGACACGGAUUUUGUUGGAAAAGUUAAGCAACGGAACACGUGACGUGAUGGCAAUUGGAGAGGUUAUGCUGUGUUAUAAUUAGUUGACUUAAAUCGGGACUCUUCGGCUCUUCUUCGGAGACUCAAGUUUAUGGUACAUUUUCUCGACAUAAGCUGUUCGUUUGAAUGCGCGCAUGGCAGAAUCUUAUUGGAUUACACGUUUGCCAUGUUGGACCUGACGAAUGUUGAGUCCCGAAAAUUAACGACAAACAAAAACAAAAGUAAGCUAUAACUGUUCAGAUUUAAUCACUUCAAAAUACAAAUAUGUACAAGCAAAUAAACAGCAGCAUUUCAUGUGUCAGAUUUUUCUGAGACAAAGUGUUGCUACUUGGUAUGAUGUUGUUGCAACACAAGCAGUCAUAAGCUGGUUGUUUAGGAGAUGAAAUAAAUUAUUUGUCAGGUUGG